AUGUCGACCGUUCAAGAGCGAAAGAAUAAACUGAUCAUCCUGUCUGUGAUCUUUUGGGCCUUGAGUACCGUGGCUUUUGGGCUGCGGGUUGUCAGCCUUCGGAUCCGACAACGGGCGUUCAAGAUACACGAUUAUUUCGUCACGCUGUCAUUAGCUCGACUUCAGAUAUGUCUUUCAGCAUAUGUGAUUGAUGUUAUUGUUGGCAGUACGGCUGGUGCCUAUGGCGCCGAUGUCACAACGGUGCCAAUACCCCAAUUGAUCACAUCUUUAAAGGUCUUCUUCGCGUCAGAGUGGUUCUUCGUGACAGGUGCUGCUGCAUUUCGCCUCGCGAUCAUUCUCUUAUAUAUCGAGUUAUUUCGAGGAGUUUGGUUCUAUUGGGCCUCAGCGCUUACCGGAGCGCUGGUGAUUCUGUACUGGGUUGCAUCGAUCUUGACAAUUACCUUGCUCUGUCGCCCGAUCAACUCCAACUGGAACUUAAAUGUCAAAGGCACUUGUGGAGAUGUGCCCAAGACCGAGUAUGCGUCGGCGGGAUUCAAUUUGAUCAUUGACUUUUUAGUUGUGGCGCUCCCCAUGCCGAUUGUCUGGACUUUACAGAUGCCGAAAGAGAGGAAGGCCAGUGUAACUGCGGCUUUUCUCCUCGGCCUGGUCACCUUUUCGAUCAAUAUCGGCCGUCUCAUGCAAACGAAGCUCUGUGAGCAGGGGAAUACUACUUACUGUGCUCUCGACGCCUCGAUUCUUAUCGCGGCCGAAUUAUCUUCCGGGAUUAUCGUUUCCUGUGCUCCGAUGAUGGGUGCAGUGUUCUUGCGCCAUGGUGUGGCAUCGUACGACCGGAAUGUUGCGAAUAAUGCGAGGGGGCCCGUUCGCACCAUCGGCUCGACUGGGCGCACAUGGCCGCGCCGCCAAGCUCAACCCGAUACGUUGUUAUGUUCGCAGGAUGAGGACGUGGAGCUGGAUAACAAGCAGUUGUCUUAUCGGACCCACAUCGUGUCCCCGGAACGGUUCCACCACGCGAACUCGAGUAACCAAGGGAUUAUGGUGCGGAACGAGAUGACUGUCUUUGAGGGUAAUACACCGGAGAUGAGGGUAUAG